AUGGAAUUCCGACCAACCAUAGUAAGGUCGAAAGAUGAUGAUGAUGAUGAUCUAUCUAUCUCCAGUCUCCUUCCCUAUCUAUCUAUCUAUCUAUCUAUCUAUCUAUCUAUCUAUCUAUCUAACUAUGCCUUUAAUAUGUUGAAUCCAGUAGUAAUAUCUAAUUCGUUCUCAUUCAUUGGGUGGUCUCGACAACAACCGGCUUUGAAUGCUUCUUUUGUGAUCCGAUAUCGCUUACGUGGCACUUUCUCCGAAGACACAGCUCAACUGGCCAGCAGUCCCAUCUCUCCCUUGCUUGUAGUCUGGCCGAAACUGUCUCGUCCGAAAGCAUCUCCCUGCCCAAUAUUUUCUGACAGUAUUUCCUUCGUCGAUAUUCGAUCAUUAGGGAAAUCUAAUCGUGGUCUUGAUUUCUUCUUCUUCGCAGCUCGAAUCUCGUUUAUAUCAUUAGAAGCUUCAUCUCCUUCCUCUCUCCUUCUUUCUUUUCUUUUCUUUCUCUCUCCCUCACUCUCUUUCUCUCUCCCUAUCUCCUUCUCUUUGUCUUUUUCGUUUCCUCUCUCUUUUUCCUUCUUUCUCUCUCUUUCUCUUUUCUCUCCACCUCUCUCAACUCCUCAUUCUGUUUCUCUCUUUCUCUUUCACUCUCUCCUUGUCUUUCUCUCUCUCCCAUCCUCUCUUCCUCUCUCCAUCUCCUCCUCGUUCUCUCUCCCUCCCUCCAUCUCUCCCUCCCUCCAUCUCUCCCUCCCUCUCUCUCCCCUCUUUCUCUUUUCUUUUCUACCCUCUCUCCUCCUCAUCCUCUUUCUCUCUCUCUUUCUCUCUCCCCACAAUCUCUUCCUCUCUCCCCUCCCUCUCUUCCUCUCUUUCUCUCUCCAUCUCCUUCUCUUUCUCUCUCAUUUCCUCCCACUCUCUCUUCCUCAUUCCCUAUCUCCCUCUCUCCCUCUUGUGUAG